UCUGAGCAUUGCUGAGAUUCAGACACUGACCUGCGCUGACCAGUGACACUCAGGUAGGAAGAGGCUAUAGCUUCAGACAGAUAAGGGCUCUUUAUCCUCUAAAAAAAAAAAAGAAGGAGAGGAAGGUACCUGCAUCUCUGCAGACACUCCUGAACUAGAAGAUCUCUGACUGUGUCUGGCCCCUUCACGAUGUGGCUCCAAGCGUCCCUCCUGUGUCUGUCCUGCUUGACUCUGUCGAGCCGGAGCCAGGCCGAAGACGGAGCCUCCCUCCGCCGCUCCAAUGACCCCGCCGGGCGCUGCCACUACACCUUCACCGUGGCCAGUCCACAGGAGUCCAGCUGCCCCGGGAGCGGCGCGAAACCAGAGAUCGACGAUGUCCUGUCCCGGCUCACCCUGCUGGAGGCUCUGGUCAGCCGGCUCAUGGCAGGAAGGGACGGAGGCGGGGGGACGAGGGUCGAGUCUCCUGGCGGCGAGGGACUCCAGGAGGCUUACGCCCAGGUGACCAGGGAAAGGAACCAGCUGCAGCAGGACAAGGAGCGUCUGAACAAGCAGAUCCAGGAGCUGCAGCGGAGGGUGGGCGAGCUGGGCCAGGAGGCAGAGAGCCUCAGGCAGAAGCCCUGCCAGCAAACGCACACCUCAGGGGGGGCGCAGCGUGAAAGCAGACCUGCCAGUGACCCUGCGUAUAGCCCAGGGAAUGGGGCGUACCAGGAGAUGAAGGCCGAGGUGACGGAGGUUCCAGCAUCCAACCUCAUUCCUGACAGAAAUCACAGCCUCACAGAGUGUGGAGAGCUGCUAUCAGUGGGAGAUCCCGUGUUGCACAGGAAGGCCGACAGCAUCACGGGCAAAUAUGGAGUGUGGCUGCAGGAUCCCGAGCCUCAGGGCCGCCCCUACACCAACAAGACCGUGUGGCGCAUCGACACAGUGGGCAAAGACGUCCGUCAGCUCUUUGCGUACGAAGACAUGGAUCAGUUCUCCCGGGGCUUCCCGAUGAAGGUCCUGGUCCUGCCGGAGCCCGUGGAAAGCACGGGGGCCGCCGUCUACCGCGGCUCCCUCUACUACCAGCGCAAGCGAAGCCGCACCCUGAUCCGCUACGACCUGGCCUCCGACAGCCUGGCGUCACGCCUUGAGCUGCCCCACGCCGGCUUCCACGGCCAGUACCCGUACUCCUGGGGGGGCUACACCGACAUUGACCUGGCGGUGGACGAACAAGGCCUGUGGGCCAUCUACAGCACGAGCAAGACCAAAGGUGCCAUCGUGGUGUCCCAACUUGACCCCGAGAGCCUGGACGUGAAGAAGAGCUGGGAGACCAACAUCAGGAAGAACACGGUGGCCAACGCUUUCAUGGUGUGCGGGCGCCUGUACACGGUGGCCAGCUACACCGCGCCCAACACCACCGUCAACUACGUGUUCGACACGGCCACCGGCACGCGGCAGGCCGUCGCCGUGCCCUUCAAGAACAAGUACCGCUACACAAGCAUGCUUGACUACAACCACGCCCAGAGGAAGCUGUACGCGUGGGACAACUUCCACAUGGUCACCUACGACAUCAGACUGGGCAGGGCCAGCCAUGGCAGCAGCUAGAGAGGGAACCAGGAGAGACUGCUGUUCACUGGACAGUGCUGAUGCAAGUGAAUGUGACAGAACAUGCAAUCACUUACAUCGUACUGAGGUCAUCGCAAUGUGUUUUGGCAUCAUUAAAAUUCUAUAUAAGUAUUGUAAAUAAGACGUGUCAUGACAACACAGAUACAUUCAUGUAGCAGUGAUAGAACCCGUAAUGGCCUCAGUUAUUAUCAGAAACAGUAAUGAUAGUUUAAAAAUUGUGAAAUAUUUUUGUUAUCUGUUCAUAAAUGUUCAUGUUAUUUAAGUUCUCAAUAAAACCUUA